AUGGAAGUGAGCCGCAACCGCAGCUGGCGUCCUCCUGCCAAUGCGACGACCUUCAGCUUUGGUCCUUGGGUCACCUGUCACUGCGCCCAUGGUGUGGUGGAAGAGCCUGAAGUACGGAUCCACGCUGAUGAGGAGAUCCGCCGGGCUCCACCACAGACCAAGCUGCGUCAAACGACGGGUCUGAAGACCGAGACGGACAGGUUUCCGAGCGAGUUCAAGAAACCGCUACUACAGCUCCCUGAAGCGGCUAUUCCAGAGCGAGAGGACCGCAAAAAUGGACGGGAGACGUUGAGCAAGGCAACCUCCAGUGCUUUGAAGCGGGUCCAGCUGCCAGCUCCGGUACCGACUUCUGCAGCGCCAUCCCGCUGGAAGAAGGUCGUGACUGCCGCUCUGCUGUUUGUAGUGGUGAGUGGUCUCGUGCUCCUUGCAGCAGCGUAUCCGGUGGCAGAACAUCUGUCGGAUGAGUUCAAGGAGUACAGCUGCAGAAUCAGCGACCCGGCCAUCUACAGCGCGUCCGAGAUCCCCUACUUCCAAUACAGUUUGACUCCCGGUGUCUCCUGUUGGGUCGAACUGGAGAUCUCCAAGCCGUGCCAAGAAUCUGGCUGCGAGCCGGCCCUUCAACACGCAGGAUGGACAGUGGUGACAUUUGAGAAUCCAAAGGAGUUUCUCAGUCCAAUCAGAAAAACCUGCGCCGCUCAAGUGAAACGCUUGCCGGAGCACUUCAAGUGUUUUGUCGCUCCCAGUUCAGAGGGUUCGCUGGUGGUGCUGCCACGGCCUGCUGCAGCCUGGGAAGUGGAGACGCUCUUGGCUGCGAGAUACACCUGGGCCGUGUUGGUUUGGCUUUUGGCGUGGCCUUUGCUUUGCCUUAUGCAUUUACCAGGAGCCAGGUGUAUUCCAUCAAAGCAAUUUCUGCUUCGGUUCCUGAGGGUCGCCUUGAAGGUUUGUGCCAUGGCUUUGGUUUUCAUCGCCUUGGCUGGGGGAGUCCUUCUUGCCAUCAGGUAUCCGGCAGCACGACAUCUUCGCGACGAGCUGCAGGAUGGCACCUGCCAGCUGACCGGUGCCGGCGUUGCAAAACGCCACUGGAGUCUGCUCCCGGCGGUGCAGUGCCCGGUGACGGUGCUGAAGGGUGAUGAGACAGCAGAGGCGUUGAUCUUUUCUUAUCCGACAAAGUGGUUGGACAAGCAGUACCACCACCUGAAGUGUGAAGACUUAGUGAACUCCCUGGACAAGAGUGGUUUUCCCUGUGCCUCUUCGGGAAAGACGCUGUUGGAAGGCCACAAGGCCGAUCUACCCGUGGUUUUCCUGGAGCUGAUGAAUCUUCAGUUUCAGCAUCGUGUAGCCUUGGACUUGUGGUGCAUCUCAGUUCUUGCUACAAUGGUCAUGCUGCUCUUGUACCCCUGCUGGAGGACAAAGCGUCAGGAUCCUGACGUCACUGACUAUCGACGGCUUUCAGGUGAUGCAAGGUGA